GAUCUCAUUAGCCCUUUUGGCCACUGCAUCAUGCUGGGAGCUCAUGUUCAGCUGAUUAGCCACCAUGACCCCCACAUCUUUUCCAGAGUCCCUGCUUCCCAGGUUUGAGUCCCCAGUUGUGUGAAUGUGGCCUCUUUCUUUGUUCCUAGAUGUAUAUAUUUGCAUUUAGCCAUGUUAAAAAACAUUGUUUAUUUGUGCAUAGCUUACCAAGCAAUCCAUAUCGCUCUGUAUCAGUGACCCAGCCUCUUCAUUAUAUACCAUUCCCCAAUUUUUCUGUCAUCUGUUCACUUUAUCAGUGGUGAUUUUAUGUUUUCUUUCAGGUCAUUAAUAAAAAUGUUUAAUAUGUAGGGCCAAGAACUGAUCCCUGCAGGAUCCCUCUGGAAACACACUCUUUCAAUGAUGACUUCCAGUUUACAGUUACAUUUUGAGACCUAUCAGUUAGCCAGCUUUUAAUCCACUUAAUGUGUGCCAUGUUAAUUUUAUAUCUUUCUAGUUUUUCAAUCAAAAUAUCCUGCAUCAAAUGCCUUACAGAAGUUCAAGUAUAUUACCACUAUUACCUUUACCAAACUUGUAAUCUCAUCCAAAAAAGAUUAAUUUAACAGGAUUUAUUUUCCAUAAACCCACAUUGAUUGGCAUUAAUUAUAUUACUCUCCUUUAAUUCUUUAUUAAUCAAGUCCCAUAUCAGCUGCUCUAUCAUCUUGCCAGGCAUCGAUGUCAGACUGGCAGGCCUAUAAUUACCUAGAUCAUCCUGGAGACCUUUUUAAAAUAUUGCACAACAUUAGCUUUCUUCCAGUCUUCUGGAACUUCCUGGGUGUUCCAAGAUUUAUUGAAAAUCAACAUUAAUGGUACAGUGAGCUGCUCAGCCAGCUCUUUUAAAACACUUGAAUCCAAGUUAUCCAGACCUGCUGAUUUAAAAAUGUCUGACUUUAGUAGCUACUGUUUAACAUCCUCCAGAGACACUAGUGGAAUGGAAAGAGUGUUGUCAUAUGACAUGACUACAUGAUAUGUUUUUUCCCCAGUAUAGAACAGAAAUAUUUAUUGAACACUUCUGCCUUUUCUCCAUUAUUACUGAUAAUUCUACCAUUUUUCAAAUAAUGGAUCAGUUCCAUUGUUAGGAUUCUUUUUGUUCCUAAUAUAUUUUAAAAACUCCUUAUUGCCUUAACUCUGCUGGUCAUAGAUUUUGCCUUGUAUCCCUUUGCUUCCCUUAUCAAUUUUCUAAGAUUCCUAGCUUCUGAUUUAUAUUCAUUACUAUCAACUUUCCUUUUCUUCCAAUUGUUUUAUUUAUAUAGAUAUAGAUAAAUAAUAGCUGCCUUCACUGCCUCUUUAAACUAGGUAGGUUUUUUAACCAACAUGGCCUUCUUCAUCGAUUGUGGCUUUUGGGGCAUCUAGUAGAGUGUUCUUAAACAAUUCCUAAUUAUUCACUUUUUUUCUGAUUAAAUUCUUCCUCCCACAUGAUUUGGCUCAUAAUUAUUUUCAGCUUUUUGAAACUGGCCCUUAGAAAGCAACAUUUAUAUAUCUAUAUCACUUGUCUGGACUUUGUUCUGUUUGCACAUCAUAAAUAUGAUCAAAUCACGAUGACUUGUACCUAAAAUACCAUUGUUUUUUAGUUCUGUGUUCAGUUCCUCUUUAUCUAUCAUGACAAGGUGUAAUAUAGAAUUCCCCUGUGUUGGAUGCAACACUUUGUGUGUUAGGAAACUGUCAUCUAUAAUGUUUAGAAAUUCCAAGGAUGUUUUAACACUGGCAGUAUGAGACCCCUAGCAUAUGUCACUCAAAUUGAAGUGCCCCAUCCUGUUCCCUAGUAUAAUUUGGGGGUCUGUAGCAGACUCCAAUUAAUACCCCACCUGGUGCUUUACCUGUUAGGACAUUGAUCCAUAAGCAUUCAAAAUCAUUUUCUUCUAAGUUAUCAGUGAAACAGGUAAUGCCAUCUUUGAUACAGAGUGUCACGCCCUCUCCCCUUUUGCCCAUUCUGUCUUUCCUAAAGAGGUUUCAGAGUAGCUACACUGACCAUUUCCAUCUCAGCCAAUUGGUUCCCGGAUUCAAAUUCAAACCCUCGGCCGUUACAGGAGCAGGGCCUGGAUCCAGUCCCAAAGAGACACAGUCACCCCCCAACAGGGUCUCACAGCUGAUAUCCUGGAGACCCCCAACGACCAGCCAGCCCAACCCCUCCUGGGCAACCUCGUGAUCCCAAGCUUCCCAGGGAUCACCAUAUCGAUACCAAACUUAGUGUGGACACCCAAUCAGCAUCGCCCACUGCAGCCCAGAAAUCCUGAGCUCAAGCAAUCCGCCGGCCUCAUACAUUCCUAAAGAGGUUGUAACUGUUGAUUUUAACAUUCCAAUAGUGUGCGUCCUCCCACCAGGUGUCAGUAACACCACCGAGAUCAAAUGCAUGCUCAUAAAGGAGCCAUUCCCAUUCCUUUUUGGUACCCAGGCUCCUAGGCAGUCCUGGAAGGUGACUGUGGACCGCAGUACAGAAGCAUCGCAGACAAACUCACCAGUCAGUUAUUUAUGCACUGCAGAAUGGUCUCUGCCAACCUCUGAAGUGCAGCUUUUGCCUCUAGGUUUUAUUUUCCCAGAUCACCACCCGGUUGCUGUGCCUGCUGCUGCCGGGACAGUCUGUGUCCUCCUUGUCGUUUUAGCCCUUGUCUCCACUUAUUUCUUUGUGAGAAAGAAGAGAGGCAGGAGCCCCUCCACAGCCAGGUCUCAGACUCCCUUUCCGGAUACCACGAGGACUCAGAGCCAGCCCAGUGAUGACAAAGACCCAGACGUGCUCUACGCUGACCUGCAGCACCCGGCCAGGCUCCAGCAGCCCAAGCAGAGCGCCCCAGAAGAACAUUCUGAAUACGCUGCCAUUAAGGUAACCCCGGCCAUUGCCACGUAGAGGGAGAAGGCAGCGUGGCUCUGGGCAACCUCGGAGAAAGACUUACAGAGCUGCUGUCGGAGAAGGAAGCUGCAGCUGUCUGCAGGGCACAGUGAGAAAGGAGAAGUGAGGGCAGGUUCUAAAAUUCUAUCAUCCGAGUCACACAAGGUCUUCCCCGUGGGGGGCCCGGAACUGACACAGCGUCUCUUGUUCCCCCUGGCACUUUGUUUCGAUUUCGCUGUCAGCGUGGGUGUGACUCUGAAUCAGGGGAACUCAUGACCUGGAAAGUCAGCAGCCACCUGGCAUGUUCCUGUUUUCAUAAACAAUUAAAGAUUUCAAUUAUAUUCUCUCUAA